GUGAACUGUAAGGAAAACAAUAAACAUACAUUAUCUAAUUGCUAUACUCAAAUUCAUCUGUGAAUUGAUAUAAUAAAGUAUAAACAUAAAUAAGAUCAACUUAGAAUUCGUGACAAAAUGGGUGAAAUUAUUGAAAUUUCUACAAUACGAAACCACCAAAGAAGAUUCUAUAAGUUUACCAGUAAAUCUGUGAUAUUUUCUGUUAAAGGAAAUUCAGGAUAUGCUAUGGUUGGGUUAGCCGAUGAAAUUGGAUUCUUCAAUAUAGACCAUUGGGUUUUUAUAGACAAAGAAGGUAAGACUGGAGUUAACGAAUUGAAUCAAGUAAUUGUUGAAACAUCAACACCUGGAAUCUUGGAAGAGGAUAAAUUUCAUAAGUUUUGCCUGACUUGGUAUGGUAGUAAAAUUGAAUUGAGCAAAUUUGGGGAAUCAGAAUUAAUAUUUACCAAAGAAAUUACAAAACAUAAUUUAAAGUAUGUCACAUUUUUUGGUUGUAACCAGAAAAAUACUUUACAAUGGAAGUUACUAUUACCACCUAGAAUUGAGAGACCUGUUUUAAAACCAAUUAUAGGUGGUAAGCCAUAUUGGGUGCCAUAUGAUGGUAAAUUGCCAUAUGGUGCAGUAAUAGGUGGAUAUGAAAAUGAAUUUCUUUAUAUAAUGAGAGCACCGCAUGAGGGUUCAUUAACGCCUGGAAAGUUUGUACCAUCCAUGAAAAGUGGAUUUAUAGGAUGGGAAGGACAUUCACAAUUAAAAACAGUAUUUGAGAUUCUCUGUGGUCACGAUUGUGCCUGGGUACCAACAAAAAAAUCAAUUAUACCAGCUGGAGCUAUUGCUGCAGGAUUCACAGAUUAUGAGCGAGAGACAAUGUAUAUUGGUCGUGUUAAACAGAAUGGUCAUAUAAUACCAGGUAAAGUAGCACCAACGCGUCGUGCUUGUUACUUUACCUAUAGUGAUAAAGAAGCCUAUGAAAGUUAUUAUGAAAUAUUAGUUGGUCCCCACUCAAAUCCUAGGUGCACAAAUACUCUUGAGCCACCAUUCAAAGAAAAAUAUGAAUUUUAUAAAGAAAAAUAUAAAUGUGAUGAAAAUUUUUAUAUUUGAUUAUAGUGUGAAAAAUAUAUUUAAAACUUGUAAAUAUGCAGAUAAAAUAAACUUUUUUUAUUA